CAAUUGGCUAAAAAAACAACAACAAGAAAACAGUCAGCUGUUUUCCCUAAUCUACUUUCACUCCUUCCUCAUCACUUUCAACGACUUUCACAAUAGAAAAUUUCUUGAUAAGUUUUGGAGUUCAAAAUGGAACAUUAUGAAAAAAUCAGAGUAGUUGGAAGAGGAUCCCAUGGAUUGGUUACCUUACAUCGCCAAAAGCAACAUAAUAAACUUGUGAUUGUAAAAGAAGUUGCUGUAGACCAUCUAAAUGAAGAUGAAAAAAAGGCAACGUUGAAUGAAGUAAGGGUGCUAUCGAAGCUCAAACAUCCUAAUGUUGUGGCAUAUUUUGAUAAUUUUGUUCAAGAUGCAUCAGUUAAGAUAGUAAUGGAGUAUGCAAACAAGGGAAGCCUUCAUGAUCUUAUUCAAGUUCAAGAUGGGAAACUUAUACAGCAGGAUGAAAUUCUUCAGAUGUUCACUCAAAUAGUAGAAGGACUGUACUAUAUCCACAGUCAAAAAGUUCUCCAUCGAGAUCUUAAAACACACAAUAUUUUUGUUAGCCAUGAGCCAAGUGUUUACAGUAUGCCAAUCCUGAAAAUAGGUGAUUUUGGAAUAUCCAAAGUUCUAACAAGUCAGAGCAAGGCCAGUACUGUGCUGGGUACACCAUCAUACUUAUCACCAGAACUCUGUCAAGGACAAAUGUAUGAUGAACGUAGUGACAUAUGGGCUCUUGGAUGUAUACUAUAUGAGAUGUUGACUCUUAAGAAAGCAUUUGAGGCACCAACAUUAGCAAGUCUUGUCAUGAAAAUCAUCCACGGCCAAGUAACUCCCAUUGAUAGAACUAAGUAUUCAGCAGGGAUGGAACAGCUUCUGCAUACUUUGCUUCGCAUUUCGCCCUUGGAUCGCCCGACAGCAGCAAUGCUUCUGUCACAUCCAUUGAUUUGUACAACUUUAUGUAAAGUGGGCACAAGUUUAGGAAAAAUUAUUCAAAAUACAUAAAUAAUUGCACUUUUAAAGACUUUGA